CAAUCCGCAGUUACUGUACGCGCAGAAACUUCAUGGGACGGAGGUGGCUCCUCUCUCCUCGCUCCUUUCUCCACUCUCCUCUCUCCUCGCUCUUCUCUCCUCGCUCCUCUCUCCUCCCCCCUUCAGCAGCGGAGGCCCUGGACGCCCCGUUAACAGUCUGUUUCCACGGUGAGUUCCCUUGUUUUUGGUUCUGGUCCCCGGGGAUGCAUCCGGACCGGAGCCGCUCCGGGACUCAAGCAGCCCCGACAGGUGCGCCUCCCAAACCCGACCAAAGACCUCGUGGAAGCUGGCUGCGCGCAAAAAGGAAGGAAAACUGAGUUGUCUUUUGUUUUUUUUUGCUGAUUAUCAGAAGAUGGAUCAGAAAAGGCAUGAUUUGGAUCUCAGUGAUUAGACGGAACCCCACACGAUGCUGCUUCCAUUCUCCAGCUUUCUGUGUUUGUGGCUGUGCAGCGAGGCCGCAGCGAGUCCGUCCCGAUGGCACCAAACAAAGACCUUCAGUCCUCAUCGGGACUCCACCGGCGCUGAAAGGAGUGCGCAGAGCCGGAGAUGGCGCACAGUCACCCGGGAGGACGAAGGGGGGACACUCGGUAUCCGCGCGCAGUCCUCGUGGCUGGAUUCUUUGAACCCGUCAUCCUCUGAGCCGCUGUGGACUCGGGUACUCCUGCGCGUCGUGCGUAAAAGCGACGCGCUAAAUAGAGUGCAGCGCAUCCCAUGGGUAUCCAGGCAGGACGCUUUACGCGCGGAUGUGAGCAUGGCCGGGGGCGGUGGACGUCGUCCCGGCGACGCGUUCCAACACCCCCUGCAAGGACGCGCGUGUAGCCUCGGGAGAAGAGGCCGCAGGAGGAAGCGCAGCGAGCCGCCGCGCCACGCAGCCACCGCCAUGGCGCAGGAACAGGAGCCCGCACCCCCCUUUGGGCUCAACAACGCCAGCGACUAUGAGGAGGAGUACUCUCUGCCGGACCUUCCUGACGGCACCACACGUCCCCUGAACCCGCGCACCGGACGGAAGCAAUUUAGGAACCCGUUCUACCCGCUGGGCGCGGAGGCCGCGGGCGCGUACGCGGUCGUGAUCGUCGCCGCCGUCAUCUUCGGGGUGGGCGUCAUCGGGAACGUGUCGGUCAUGUGCAUCGUGUGUCACAACUACUACAUGAGGAGCAUCUCCAACUCGCUGCUGGCCAACCUCGCGCUCUGGGACUUCGUCAUCAUCUUCUUCUGCCUGCCGCUCGUGGUGUUCCGCGAGCUCACCAAGGAAUGGCUGCUGGGGGACUUCUCGUGCAGGAUCGUGCCCUACCUGGAGGUGGCGUCUCUCGGGGUCACGACCUUCACGCUUUGCGCCCUCUGCAUCGACCGCUUCCGCGCCGCCACCAACGUGCAGAUGUACUACGAGAUGAUGGAGAACUGGGCGUCCACGGCGGCCAAGCUCGCCGUCAUCUGGCUGGGCGCCCUGCUGCUGGCGCUGCCCGAGCUGCUGAUCCGCCAGCUGGUCACCGAGGACGGCGAGCCGCCGUGCGCGCGCUGCGUGGUCCGCAUCUCCACCGACCUCCCGGACACGCUGUACGUGCUCGGCCUCACCUACGACGGCGCCCGCCUCUGGUGGUACUUCGGCUGCUACUUCUGCCUGCCGACGCUCUUCACCAUCUGCAGCUCGCUCGCCACCGCGCACAAGAUCCGGCGGGCCGAGCGGGCCUGCGUGCGCGGCGGCAAGAAGCAGAUCCGGCUGGAGAGCCAGAUGAACUGCGCCGUGGUGGCGCUGGCCAUCCUCUACGGCUUCUGCAUCAUCCCGGAGAACAUCUGCAACAUCGUGGGCGCCUACAUGGCGGCCGGCGUCCCCACCAGGACCCUGGACGUCCUGCAGCUGGUCAGCCAGAUGUUUCUCUUCUGCAAGUCGGCGGGGACGCCGGCGCUGCUGUUCUUCCUGUGCCGGCCGUUCACCCGAGCGCUGCUGGGCUGCUGCUGCUGCUGCUGCCAGGAGUGCGGCACGCCGCGCCGCGCAUCCGACGCCGACGCGCCCGCCGCCGCCGCCGACGAGAGCGGCGCCACCGAGCUGGAGCUGUCGUCGUUCGGCGCCACCCGCGUAGAGGCCUCCACCUCGUACGCCGCCGCGGGGACGCACUGUUGAGGUCAAAGAUGAGCAGCGUUGUGGGCGGAGCCUCCGAUGAGGAGGUUAAAAGUUGACACAUCUGGCUGUCGGACGCGUUUGCUUCGUCCUUUCACCCUUUACAGAGUUUAUAAAAUAUAAAAACACAGAGAGUUCUACAAAGCUGAGACGUGAGGCGGGGAAACAAUAAUUAUGUGGUUCAAGAUCUUUAAUUAAGCCCCGUAAAUUUCUGCUCCAUUUAAAUACAAAACACUUAUUUCAUCAUUAUUUUCAUUUUCAACUACCCUCCAUAUUUGUUAAUUUGACUCUUUUUUGCAUAUUUAGUUAAAGUCGGGCUGUGUUUAUUUUUGACCAAAGUCCCUCGAUAUAGCAACAACAUAGUGUAGGUUCACUAUUGGUGCUUCAAUUAAAUAUUUACAUUUUUGGGGAUUAUCAGUCAUUUGCAUACAAUGACUCAAGUGUAAGAUACUAUAAUAGAGAGCGACCUGGUAACUUGGUAAAGUCACAGACCUGUAAAAUAGUGUUGAAAUAACCGGCGGGUUUGAUGCUGUGUUUUUUUGUUUCUUCUUUUGUUUUUUAGCCACAAGUCACUGUCACUUUAAUUAAACAAUAUUGUAAAGUAGAUGUUUUCUUUAGUUGUGGGGAACAUUUAGAAGGUUGAACAGGAGAAACCUGAAGCCGAGGCGUCACUUCUCGCGGUUCAGUUUCAGAACAGGAAGUAAAUAGAUGAAUGUCAUUUAACGACUUCAGUAAAGCUGCUGGUGGGAUGGAAAAGAACCUGUGAAACAGUAACAAUAAAUAGAAAAACCCUAACUUUGCCGUCUCUUCGUCUUCGUCUGUCCACUGGACACAGCCGCCAUUGUUUGUCCUGCUCAGACCCGACACAACAUGUCCUCGUCCACUCAGAGUUGUCCUCUUGAGACACCGGUCCCUCCUCAUUAAAGACGCAGAGCAGUCAAUGCCAGAAACAUCUCAUGCAGAUCCUUUGUUUUUCUUGUUAAAAUGACAAAAGUGAAAGUUGAAAUGUUUCUUUUUUCUGCUGCGUCACACUCGGCACAAACAGCCAGCUUUCCUCUCGCCAUCGCUUUGUCAUCGCCGCCGCGGGAGGACACAGCCGCGCCAUUGUCCUCGUCCCCCACCCCCUG